ACCCGUCAGCCACUCGCGCCACCUAACCCUCAGACUCCAUCGUCACCAACUCCAGCCUCCCUUCUCAAAGAGCAAAGUGUACUUUUGAGGACCUCUUGUUUGCGUCCAUCCAUUUCUCUUUUCCUCUAUAUAAUCAUGUCUCUCCAGACCCUUUUAGGUCUGAUCAGCAGAGAACAGCAGGGCGAUGGCGGUUUUGGCGAGGGAAAGCGUAUGGGAGAUCCAGGUGGAGGACAUUAUUGCCGCUGGACUGCCCCCGACUGAAGCGAGGGAUUUCCAUUCGGCGCUCCGAUCGGUGGCCGGCGCAGGCUGGCGGAUGGGAAUGGAGGCGGAGGUGUGGCGAGCAGUGGCGGCGGCUAGAUUGCUGAGGCCGGAUCAUCCUCAUGCUCUCCACCAGCUUGUGUACUACUCCGUGUACGCAAAGUGGGAUUUGGCUGAGAGGGGUCCCCCGCCUUACUGGUUCCCCUCUUCAGCACAAUCUAGACUGACAAACCUUGCGCGCCUUAUGGAAGCUAAUGGUCCAAAGUUAUUGGGUUCGUCAUAUGUGGAUCCCAUUACAAGUUUUAGUCUUUUCCAAAAAUAUUCUGUCGAUCAUCCGGAGGUGUACUGGUCAAUUGUAAUAAAGGAGCUUUCUAUUAAAUUCCACAGAGAACCUAAAUCUAUUUUUGAUACUUCUGAUAAGUUCCAGUAUGGGGGAGCUUGGUUACCUGGCGCAGUUUUAAGCAUAGCUGAAUGUUGUCUAUUUCCAUCAAAUUCUCCAAGGAAAACCGAUGAAGAUUUGGCUAUUCUUUGGAUGAAUGAAGAUCCUGAUGAUUCUCCUGUUAGAAGUUUAUCACAAAGGGAGCUCCGUGACCAAGUGAUGAUGGUCUCAAAUGCGCUUGACACUCUAUUUACAAAGGGCGAUGCAAUUGCAAUUGACAUGCCAAUGACUUCGAUUGCGGUUAUAAUAUAUUUAGCCAUCAUUCUUGCAGGAUACGUUGUUGUAUCCAUUGCUGAUAGUUUUGCCGCCAAGGAGAUUGCAACUCGCAUGCGGAUAUCCAAAGCCAAAGGGAUAUUUACGCAGGAUUUCAUCAUUAGGGGUGGGAGGAAAUUUCCCCUUUACAGUCGUGUAAUAGAGGGGAGCAAUUGUCAGACAAUUGUGGUUCCUUCUUCUGGCGAUGAUGUGGCGCUUACACUAAGGAGCCAUGAUUUAUCAUGGAGAGAUUUUCUGUCACGUGUUGCAGGCCUUCCCAGGCCAUGUGACUAUUCCCCUGUUUACCGACCCGCGAAUGCUGUGAUUAACAUACUGUUUUCUUCUGGAACCACCGGAGAGCCCAAAGCUAUUCCUUGGACCCAAAUUUCCUCAAUUAGGAGUUCAGCUGAUGUGUGGGCACACCUUGAUAUCCAGGCUGGAGAUAUAUUUUGCUGGCCUACUAACUUGGGAUGGGUGUUGGGACCAAUAUUACUCAACUCAUGCUUUCUGAAUGGUGCUACACUAGCUCUUUAUCAUGGAUCACCCCUUGGAUGUGGCUUUGGAAAAUUUGUUCAGAAUGCUUCGGUGACAAUCUUAGGAGCCGUACCGAGUUUAGUGAAAUUUUGGAAGAGUAGCAAGUGCAUGGAUGGGCUUGACUGGACAAAGAUCAGGGUAUUUGGUUCCACUGGAGAAGCCUCUGAUAUUGAUGAUGACUUAUGGCUUUCUUCUAGAGCCUUUUAUAAGCCUAUUAUUGAAUGUUGCGGCGGGACAGAGCUUUCAUCAUCUUACAUCCAGGGAAGCUUGCUGCAACCCCAAGCUUUUGGAGCAUUUAGCACACCUUCAAUGUCAGCCGGUUUCGUCAUUUUGGAUGAACAAGGAAUUCCUUAUCCUGAUGAUAAACCUUGUGCUGGAGAAGUGGGUUUAUUUCCUAAAUUCAUGGGAGCUAGCGAUAUGCUACUUAAUGCUGAUCACAAGAAGGUUUACUUUGAUGGUAUGCCAUCUUAUAGAGGAAUGAUUUUAAGAAGGCAUGGAGACAUAAUUCAGAGAACCGUUGGUGGAUAUUAUAUCGUGCUGGGAAGGGUGGAUGAUACAAUGAAUCUUGGAGGUAUCAAGACAAGUGCAGUUGAGAUUGAAAGGGUAUGCAAUAGAGCUGAUGAAAAUGUGUUGGAGACGGCCGCAGUUGGCUUUCGGUCGAGAGCCGGCGGACCAGAGGAGUUGGUUCUCUUUGCAGUGCUGAAAACUGGAAUGGCAAAACAAGAAACCAGUUUGAGGGCCAAAUUUCAGAGAGCAAUCCAAAAGGAACUAAAUCCUUUGUUCAAGGUAAGCUUGGUUAAAGUCGUUCCGGAGUUUCCACGAACGGCUACAAAUAAGCUGCUGCGACGAGUUCUAAGGGAUGAACUCAGUAAGGGCUCAACCCUCAGCAAACUGUAAUGUGCGUAGUUGGUAUCUUGAUGGAUGAAUGGAUUGGGGAUAAUAAUAAUUAUGUUAUGGCCCGGAA